AUGGCUCACACAGGCCUUCUCUCUCCUGAUCCCGGAUUAGCUAUGGCGGGGCAAUCACUCACCAAGAAAAGUUUCUUCACGGCGCUCGAGCAUCUCGAUCACUCAGAUGAUACUGAUGAUGAGGAUGAUCUGUCAAGGCAACUCCUCAUCACUAGCUCCCGAGAUUCAAAAAAAUCUAUCACCCCAACCUUACCUGAUCUUGUCGCCUCUAAGCCACAACCCGUGUUGCUUGCUCGAGCUCACUCUGACCCACAGCCAUCUGCCUGUAAUCAAAGGGCCCCAAGUCUCGAGCCUUUGAAAGAACAUUCCAAGGGUAACAGAAAGCAUUCAACUGACCAGCCGGUAUCACUCAAAUUGAACAGUGCACACCGUUCCUAUUCCACAAGUAGUAUGCCUGGGACAAAGGCCAGCCCAGCCUCAAAGAAGAGGAAGGUGAGCAAUGCCAAAGUCGUUCCAGAAGGGAAGCAGAUCUUCAAGAACCUCGUUUUCUUCUUCUUCCCCAACAAUGAUGUCUCAUCAUUGCGUCGAUUACGCAUUCAGCGAGCGCAGGAGUACGGUGCCCGAUGGGCUCGAGAGUGGUCAUCGACUAUAACGCAUGUGAUCGUUGACAAGGAUCUUUCCUACCAAGACCUGGUCGUCCAUCUCAAGCUGGAGUCUGUUCCUGAAAAUAUUGCCAUUGUCAAUGACACUUACCCGCCAGAGUGUCUUAAGUACUCAACAGUUAUAAAUCCUUCUCAAGCUCGUUUUCGAGUGACUGGAACUCUACUUCCUACUGAGCAGCCACCGUUAACGAAAAGCGUCGUAACCGAGCCCAAGCCUGCCGCUUCACCUCCAUUGAAAAAGUCCAGGCGAGAACAGAACAUGGAGACAUCUCAGCAAUCCAUUGAGAGUAGCGUGGAUGCUGCAUACGCAAUAAGAGCUGUGCCAGCGGGUGAGACUGUCCAAAAGGAAGGUGGCUCUAAAGAUAUUGAUGCGGCAGCUGGUGAAAGCAACGCACUGGAUGACAUCAUCAACGAAACGAAGGCCACGAGCCAUUUGCCCAUCGACGCAAACGACUCUGCGGACGAGACCAAGACAGACGAAUCAGGCAACGAGUCCGAGGUCUCGGACAUUGAACAGGAAGAUGUUCCAGGCGCGCAGAGAGGUAAAAAACUUGCCGGCUCGUGGGCGCAAAGUUUCGCGUGUAUGGAGGAAUACAACCCAGCUGCCCGGCGUGAUAAUCCAAAUAGUAGGACUAUCGACGUCCUGCAGCAGAUGCUAGAUUACUAUACCCGGAAUGCAGACCACUGGCAUAUUUUGGGCUAUCGCAAAGCUAUUGCAGCCCUUCGCAGACAAACGCAAAAGAUUACCACUCGAACCCAGGCACAGAUGAUUCCAGGCAUAGGCCCACGCAUUGCGGACAAAAUCGAGGAGAUAGUUCUCACGGACCACCUUCGCCAAAUAGAUAACACCAGCAAUACUGAAGAGGAUCGUAUUAUCCAGGAAUUUCUUGGAAUAUACGGCGUGGGCCUCCGUCAGGCCUCGGACUGGGUUGCUCAAGGAUACCGCUCGCUCAGUGAUCUUCGCGAUAGAGCUCCAUUGACCAAAAACCAACAAAUUGGAGUUGAUCGUUACCAUGACUUCGCAUUGCGGAUCCCACGCAAGGAGGCGGUCCAAACAGCGGACAAAGAUAUGCAGGUAAUUGUCGCGGGCUCUUACCGCCGCGGGGCUCUCGACUCGGGGGAUAUCGAUUGCUUGAUCACAAAGCCCGACGCUACACUUGAGCAGAUUAGGUCAUUAAUGGUGGAUGUUGUGAUUCCUCAGCUCUUCCGUGAUGGCUUUCUCCAGGUCGGGCUGGCCACACCCAGGCGUCUUGGCCACGAUGGAUCUAAGUGGCAUGGAGCGUCAAGCCUACCCGGUAGCAAGGUAUGGCGUCGAAUCGACCUCUUAUUUGUCCCGGGUGAAGAGAUUGGAGCAGCUUUGCUGUAUUUCACAGGAACGACAUCUUCAAUAGGAGCAUGCGACUGCUUGCUCGGAAAAAAGGGCUCUCGGGGCCUUUUCGCUAAUGUACUCCGUGAUUCCAGGCAGAUGAAGACCAAUCCCGGUCGAUUGCUUGAAGGAAGGGAUGAGAAACGAAUUUUUGCGUUGUUGGGUGUGCCUGGCGGCCACCGGAGCACCGUAUCUGUUAGGGAACAUCAUGUACACAGUAGAUCGGACCGACGGUGA